UCUCAGAUUCUUCAGUUCUACUUGACAUCUUCUUUACACUCUGUAACUUUUUUCUCUUUCGUUUCAUCUCUCCUUCUCAGAUCUUGUCUUGACCUUCUUUGGUCGUUGACCCAACGAAUCCGGGUCCGGCUAAAAAUCCGACCUUUCUCCAUCGAGAAGCUCAAAGACUAAUAAUUUCUUUUAAAAAAAAGGUCGAGUCUUUGUUGAGUGUUUGGUUCUGAGGUAUGAUGUUGACCCAAUUUGAUUGAAGUAGUAUGGAACUGAUUGUCACAAGAAGAAGAAGAAGAAGAAGAAGAAGAUGACGCUUUACAUUCGUCGUGAAUCUUCCAAGCUAUGGAAGAGGUUUUGCUCUGAGAUAGCGACGGAGAUAGGUCUUCUCGCUGACAACUGGAAGUACCUUCUCGCUGGUCUUAUCCUUCAGUACAUUCAUGGUUUAGCUGCUAAAGGAGUACAUUAUAUUCAUCGCCCUGCACCUACUCUCCAGGAUCUUGGCUUCUUUCUUCUUCCGGAGCUUGGUCAAGAGAGAAGCUACAUAAGUGAGACCCUCUUCACUAGUGUUUUUCUUUCUUUCUUCCUGUGGACUUUCCAUCCAUUCAUCUUGAAAACCAAAAAGAUUUACACUGUCUUGAUAUGGUGUAGAGUUCUAGCAUUCUUAGUUGCCUGCCAGUUUCUCCGUGUUAUCACUUUCUAUUCGACUCAGCUUCCUGGCCCAAACUAUCACUGUCGCCAGGGCUCUAAAGUUGCCAGGUUGCCAUGGCCCAAAAGCCCUCUUGAGGUUCUCGAGAUUAACCCUCAUGGGGUGAUGUACGGAUGUGGAGACCUGAUAUUCUCAUCGCACAUGAUAUUCACGCUAGUCUUUGUCCUCACUUACCACAAGUACGGCACUAGAAGGUUCAUAAAGCUGUUUGGGUGGCUCACUGCUUUCGUGCAGAGCCUCUUGAUCAUUGCCUCCCGUAAACAUUACACUGUCGAUGUCGUUGUUGCCUGGUACACCGUUAACUUGGUGGUCUUCUGUCUUGACAAGAAGUUACCAGAAUUACCAGACCGGACUACGGUGUUGCUCCCUGUAGUGUCGAAAGAGAGAACGAAAGAAGAGAACAACCACAAGCUGUUGAAUGGGAACGGUGCUGAUCCUCCUGCUGACUGGAGACCGAGGGCUCAAGUGAACGGGAAGAUAGAUAGCAACGGAGUUCACACUGAUAACUCAAUGAAUGGCGCAUGAAAACUCAGCACCAGACUUCAGACAAGAUCUAUCUGCAUAUAUAUAAAAACAGCAAACCAAUGCAAGUCAUGAAUGAAGACCGACCUGUUGGUCUUUUCGAUUACUCGAAUAUGAACUUGAGUUCUGUUAUGUGUGGGUAAAUUUUUGUUUAUGGUCAUUGUUCUUAAAAAAAGGACACUCAUAGAUAGAAGUGGUGGUGACUAUACUACUUUGUACAUGUUCCAGUUCCUUGUUUGCCAAGUAACACAAUCUUUUAUAACACGUUUCUCUUUAUGUCAA